UGUGUCGGGCCUUUACUGCGCUUGUGUAAAAUUAAUUAUUAUAACCCCUUUAUGCUUUUAGCGUCACUGAUAACAGUAGAAGUUAAACUCACUUGAAAAAAUUCUGAUAGGCUUACAGCUUCGUAGCUAACUCUUAGCUAACUUAGUUAGAGGACAUUGACAGUAGAAGUCAGGCUUAGUUAGCGGUCAAGGAAACACCUAUUUUCUAAACUUAGCUAAAUCAGCAUGAGAAAAUUCAGCCGAGACGUGAAACAUAAUUAAACAAACACUGAUAUUUCCCUCACAGGUGACAGCUAACUUACCAACAUGAUGUUCUACACACAACUCUUCACUUCUAAGCGCGGAUCACUAGCCAAAAUCUGGCUAGCAGCCCACUGGGAAAAGAAGCUAACAAAGGCCCAUGUUUUUGAAUGCAACCUGGAAACAACUAUCAGAGAAAUAAUUUCACCAAAGGUGAGAAUUGGUUUGCGGACAUCUGGUCAUCUGCUCCUUGGUGUGGUUCGAAUCUACUCCAGAAAAGCAAAGUAUCUCCUUGCAGACUGCAGCGAUGCCCUGAUUAAGAUUAAAACAGCUUUUAGGCCAGGUCAGACAGAUCUGCCGGUGGAGGGGCUUGAGGCCACAAUAAAAGCGAUUACCUUGGUCGAAGAUUUCACUACCUUUGAUCCCCAGCUUCCAGACCCCAGUGACAUAGAUGUUGUGGACCACUUUUCACUGAACCAGUGUCGAUUGGAGGAAAUCACUCUGAAAGAGGAUUUUGGAAAUAACUUUCUAAACUUUGCAGACAUUGGAGAUGAGCGCCAAAGUUAUCAUAAUGUAUUGAUGGAUGUGAGCUUCCAGAGCUUGGCUCAACAUGGAGAUGCAUUCGGGGAUGAGGACCGAGGAUUUGACUUACUCGAUUUUCUGGCGCAGUCCAGUGAUAAUGCUGAGGCCACAGAAUUCAUCCAGCAGAAUCCACAAAAUGAAAACCUGCCGAGCUCGCCUUUAUAUGAUCAGCAAGAGCCCAUAUGUUUGGCAGAUGCUAACAGAACGGAUUCCAUGGAAGUAGAGACCCCGAUGGCGAAUCAGACCACCCUGCUCGCUAAUGAGGAGGCCUUUGCUCUCGAACCUGUGCCCAUCACUCCAAACUCUGAGAGGAAGAAGGGGAAGAGGAAACGCAAAUUGGUGGUGGAUCAGACUAAAGAGCUGAGCAACGAAUGCAUCAGAAAGCAGCUUUCUGACUUUUCAGAUCUGGUCACUCCUUUGGACAUGGCCCCGCCCACUGUGCAGCUAAUGCAGUGGAAAGAGAGCGGAGGUGCAGAUAAACUCUUUGCACAGCCGUGUUCCACUGUUUUAUCGCUCCAGAUAAAGGAGCUUUUUGCUAGGAGUUUUUUCCAAGUGAAGCGCCGUGGUGUACGUGAGGAUGUUGAGGAGAUGCGCCACGAAGAGCAUAAAGCUCAGAGGGAACGAAGUGCCCUCACUACAGAAGUCAGUGUCAUGGAUUUAUCAGCUGAUCCUGAAAAAACACACAACACUGAGCUGACUGAACACGAUCACGUCAACGACAGCCAGCGUGAGAGCUACUCACAGCUCACACAAGAUGAAAACAGGUCAGAGCUUACUCAUCCAUCACUUCCAUCUGAAGACUCCAUAUUUGUCCACCCGCCUUACUUGGAGCACAGCACGCAGUCAACUUCCCUCCACACUCAGUCUAUGCUGAAUAGCCAGGACUUUGAGGAGAGGAGGAUAACCAGGCGAGCACAGAAGCUUCUGAACGCUCUAAAACAGAGCCAGCAUGACAGCAAAGACCCCACGUUCAGCCUGCAGGGAAUUUGUGAAGGAAGCAGUCGCUGGCAAGCUGCAACCACCUUCUUCUGUUUCCUCGUCCUGAAAAAACAAGAAGUCCUCCGCCUGUGUCAGACCGCUCCCUAUGAGGACAUCUCUGCCACACCUGGACCCAAAUUCUACAAUUAGUAAAAAGCAGAAGUCAGUCUUCUAACAUGCCAGCUUGACGCACAAUCACUGUGUCUGUUUAACUCUGAUAAGAUUAUAUUAAAGUUACUGAAAUAAGCUUCUGGAAUAAAUAGUAUAAACUGCAUUAAAUGAACACAUAUUACUCUGUUUAUAUGUUUGCUUGUUCUGGGUUUCAGUGAAGGAACACGUUUCCUAAAAUGCUUGGCCAUACUGUUUUAUCAGGUCUCUGAUUUUACAUAUUCAAUUCUCUAUAUGUUUUAGUCUGCUUUCUGCUUUUUCUGUCGUGUAUAUUUAUUCCAGACACAAGAUCUCAGAAGUUAUUUCUGUGACCAGUUACACAAAAAAAAUGUCACAUAGCUCUUUGUUGUUUUAUCUGAAAUGUUGCUGUUCUUCAUUCUUCAAAACUUUCUUUAACAACGUAUUUAACGUGACUCUUUAGCAGGUAGAAAUAUGUUGUUAAAGUUAAUUAUUUAAGUAGUGAAAAUUUAGAAGUUUCUCUAUUCGUGCUGUGUCUUGUAUUGGCUGAUGCAU